AUGGCCUGGCCAGGAGGAUCUCCAGACAGCGUAGAGCUACCUCUGCACCAGCUCGGAAGCGAAGAUACCCUAGAUGGCCUUGCACUACCCAACACCAACGUCACGGGACAUACUAGAAUCAAUGAGGAUGAGGCGACGACGUCGGGAAUCACGGACGGCGCGGCAGACGAGCAGAACCGGGUUAUAUUCAUUAACAGACCGCAGCCACAAAAGUUCGUCAACAACAGGAUAUCCACCGCCAAGUAUAGUCUCCCGUCGUUCGUGCCCCUGUUCCUGUUCGAGCAGUUCCGUCGCUACUCCAACUGUUUCUUCUUGCUGAUCGCGCUGCUGCAGCAGAUCCCAGAUGUGUCGCCAACUGGAAGAUGGACCACCCUAACGCCACUCGUGCUGAUACUCACCGUCAGUGCCAUCAAAGAAAUUGUCGAGGAUUACAAACGGCACAGAGCAGACGAGGAAACGAAUAGACGGAAAGUGGAAGUCCUGUCGGAGGGCAGAUGGCGGUCCAUACGCUGGGAGAAGCUGCAGGUGGGGGACAUUUGCAAGAUUACCAAUAACCAGUUCUUUCCUGCGGAUCUCGUCUUAUUGGCUUCCAGCGAACCACAGAGCAUAGCGUUCAUAGAGACAUCGAAUUUGGAUGGAGAGACGAAUUUAAAAACGCGCCAGGCGCACCCAGAUACAGCUCGCCUGGAGAAUAUCUCGGAAAUGGCCGAGUUCCGUGCCACGUUGCAAUGCGAACCACCAAACAGACAUCUGUACGAGUUCAACGGAAUGUUGAAGGAGGCUAAUGCGAAGACGAUACCGCUGGGCUUGGAGCAGAUGUUGCAGCGUGGUGCGAUGUUACGGAACACCACCUGGGUUCUCGCGGCUGUUGUAUACACUGGACAUGAGACCAAGCUGAUGAAGAACUCCACAAAAGCUCCACUGAAACGUUCCUCAAUAGACCGCCAAACAAACACACACAUUUUGAUGUUGUUCAUCAUACUGAUAGUGCUGUCUUUGAUCAGUGCCGCCUUCAACGAACUGUGGCUCUUGCGACGAACCAACACGGACUGGUAUAUCGCUUUAGAAGAGGCGCAGAAUGCAAAUUUCGGAUUCAACUUUUUGACGUUUUUAAUAUUAUACAAUAAUCUUAUACCGAUAUCUUUACAAGUUACAGCGGAGAUAGUUAGAUUUUUUCAAGCUAAAUUCAUAGCGAUGGACAGUGAGAUGUACCACGCGGAGACAGACACCCCGGCGAUGGCGCGAACCUCUAACCUGAACGAGGAACUGGGGAUGGUCAGAUACGUGUUCAGCGAUAAGACAGGCACGCUGACCUGCAACAUCAUGGACUUCCACAAGUGUUCGAUUGGGGAGAUAAUAUACAACAAGCCAGGGCCCAAUGAAAGAUUAGAAGACACUUUGUUGUACCACAACCUGAAGGAACAUCCAACGGCACCAGAUAUUGCAGAGUUCCUUACGAUGUUGGCAGUUUGUCACACCGUCAUUCCAGAAGUUGUGGAUGGGAAGAUCAAUUACCAUGCUGCAUCACCUGACGAGCGUGCGCUAGUGAUGGGCGCGGCCGGCUUCGGUUGGGUGUUCGAAACUCGGACGCCGCACUCAGUGACGGUGAUGGCGCAAGGGAAAAGACUUCACUACUCCGUACUUCAUGUACUUGCGUUCACUUCGGCGCGAAAACGAAUGUCUGUUAUAGCGCGGGCACCUAACGGUGAAAUUAAGUUAUUCUGCAAGGGCGCAGAUUCAGUGAUCUAUCCCCGGUUAGCUGGCGGUGCACAAACAGCACAAUACGCAGCCGCUACUCUUGAGCACCUCUCCCACUUUGCUGCUGAAGGGCUCCGGACCCUCGUCUUCGCCACCGCUGAUAUACCUGAGCAUGUUUAUAAGGAUUGGUCGAACACAUAUCACAAGGCCAGCAUAGCGAUACAGGACAGGGAGCAGAAGAUCGAAGAAGCUGCUUUAUUGAUCGAGAAUAACCUGAGAUUACUCGGAGCUACCGCUAUUGAGGAUAAAUUACAGGAUGGGGUACCUGAGACGAUAGCAUCCCUUCUAAAGGCGAACAUCAACGUGUGGGUCCUAACGGGAGACAAGCAGGAGACCGCUAUUAACAUUGCCCACUCUGCCCGGCUCAUACAUACAGCCAUGCCACUCUUACUCCUAAACGAAGACAGCUUGGAUGGUACAAGGGAGAGCCUUUCGCGCCACUGCACUGAACUUGGUGAAAAUUUGCGCAAACAAAACGAGGUGGCGCUAGUUAUAGAUGGCAAGACACUCAAGUACGCGAUGGGUUGUGACCUCAAGAAAGAUUUUAUCGACCUCUGCGUUUCGUGUAAAGUUGUUGUGUGCUGCCGUGUUUCACCUAUACAGAAGGCGGAGGUGGUGGAUAUGGUAUCCCGCGCAACGGGCGCAGUGACGUUGGCGAUUGGAGACGGUGCAAAUGACGUCGCGAUGAUACAGCGGGCGUCGGUUGGUAUCGGCAUCUCUGGUGUGGAAGGACUCCAGGCCGUCUGCGCAUCCGAUUACAGUAUUGCACAGUUCCGAUUCCUGCUCCGUCUGUUACUGGUUCACGGUGCAUGGAACUACUCUCGUAUAAGCAAGCUAAUCCUCUACUCCUUCUACAAGAACAUUUGCCUCUACGUCAUCGAGCUCUGGUUUGCUAUCUACUCUGCAUGGUCUGGUCAGAUUCUGUUCGAGCGCUGGACGAUAGGUUUCUACAACGUCAUUUUCACCGCGCUCCCGCCCUUCGCCAUCGGACUCUUCGACAAGAUCUGUUCGCCUGAAAUUAUGAUCCGGCAUCCAGUAUUAUACGUACCCUCGCAACAAGGCUUACUGUUUAACGUUCGCGUAUUUUGGGUAUGGGCAGUCAAUGCGUUGCUGCACUCUGUCUUGCUGUUCUGGCUGCCCAUGCUGCUCGCCUCACAUCACGUAUUGUGGCCAAAUGGAAAAGAUGGCGGCUACCUGGUCCUUGGCAAUCUGGUUUACACGUAUGUAGUGGCAACUGUGUGCCUGAAAGCUGGUCUUGCGACACACUCUUGGACUUGGGUUACCCACGUCUCCAUAUGGGGCUCCAUCGCUCUUUGGAUUAUAUUUAUUGUCGUGUACAGUAAUCUGUAUCCGGCCAUUUUGAUCGGCGCUGUGAUGCGUGGUAUGGACAGGAUGGUGUUCACCUCGCUCGUCUUCUGGUUCGCUCUUCUCUUGAUACCUGCCGCUACCCUUAUACCAGAUCUCCUUAUCACUGUCGUGCACAACUCCGCGUUCAAAACAAUGACGGAAGCGGUACGCGAGAGCGAAAUAAAGAAGCGUGACCCGGCCGCACUGCUCGCACACCCGAGGCACUCCCUGACGGAGACGGCGCGGCUGCUGCAGAAUGUGCGAAGUGUGUUCGGAAGACGGUCGACGACGCGUGCCAACAUGGAGCUUGAACUGUCACAUGGCUUCGCGUUCUCUCAAGAGGAAGGCGCAAGCGUCUCACAGGCGGACGUCAUUCGUGCGUACGACACGAGUCAACCCAGAGGGCGCUGCUGA